AUGGAUGUAAAUGGUGAUCAAGAUUCCUUCCUAUCAGAAAAUAAUGAAGAAUGGACCUGCUUUCUCAACGACUGUGAUUAUUCCGAUGGUGAGAGCAAUGAAAAGUCAAGAAAAACAGUUCCAGAUUUCAAUGCAUCCUCUAGUCAGUCACCAUUGCUGCCUAAAGUGGAUGUAGCAAUUCCAGCAUCAACAAGUGUGACGAGGGUUGUGUCAUCAGGGAAUAUUAACGACAGUGGUGAUGAUGUUAGAGAGCCUGUAGAAAAUCAUGAAAGACAUCUAUGGACUGAGAGAGAGAGGAGGAAGAAGAUGAGAGACAUGUUCACUAAUCUUCAAGCUUUGCUUCCUCAUCAGUUUCAUCCUAAUAAGGUUGACAAGUCCAGUAUUCUUGAUGAAGCCGUGAAGCAUAUAAAGGGACUUGAAAGUACGCUGAGCGACCUCCAGAGACAGAAGUCGGAAAUGCUUGAAAGUUCGAAAACAAGAACCAUUUUGGGCAUGACGGACAUGGCUGAUCAACGUGGUACAUUUGCUUCCGACAAUGGUACGAUGAUGAUGAGCAGCAUCCCACAUAUGACAUCUAUACCCCCUUCUGAUCAUGUCUUUAAAACAUGGACCUCUCCUAACGUGACACUCAAUGUGUGUGGCAAUGAUGCACACAUUAACGUUUGCUGUUCUAAGAAGUUUGGUGUCUUAGCUGCCAUUUGCUCUGUGCUGGAGAAGUACAAAAUUGAUGUGCUAUCUGCUCAUGUGUCAUCGGACCAUAAUAAGAGCAUGUACAUGAUCCAUGCCCGUGUGAUAGCAGGUGGAUAUGAAGGUCAAUUUCCAGUAGAAGAGAUUUACAAGGAAGCCGCAACAGAGAUUAUUGGAGUUUGUGGGUAA